AUGGCUGAUUAUGUCGGCACCUUCAUGAAAACUCACGCCGGUGAGCGGGACCCGAGCUGGCAAGUCUCAGCUCGGGACAAAUUUUCGGAAAAGAGGCGUCAAAGACAGGCAUCUCUUAGUCUGCCAGACAUCGUAGAAGAGACGGAAGAAUAUGUCGAAAUCUAUGACGAUGACCCUAGAGUCUGGAAAGCAGCCGAAGACUUGUAUCUGGGAAUCCUCGACGGUGUAGAGAGUAUGCUGCAAUGGAUUGAUAAGUCAGCCCUGGAGAGAGCAUUCAAGGUACUCACGAGACCGACAACGUUUGGAAAGAAUGUGGAGGAAGACACUAUUAAGGAAAAUAUCGAGGGCAACGUGGCCAAGUUCCGGAAUGUCGUCUUGAUGAGUCAACAUAAGCACAUCAACAAAUCACUCAAGGCUCUAAAGGAGCAACUGAACAGCCAGUUGAAGUAUGCCGACUGGGUUCGAGACAACCCGAAAGCAGAAAAGCUCGUCGCAAAAGCGUUUAUAACACUUGAUGAGCUUCGCUCUAGCAUCGGAUUCGAUCCAAAAGUAAAUCAGAGAGACAUGGUCACGUCUAUGAUUGAUGCACAGAAAGUUUGCCCCCCAGAGCUGAUCAGCCACGCCAUGCUGGCUCUCCGCGACAAGAAGUUUGCCUCUUGGCUCCAGUCGAACGAGUCUCAGAUACUCUUCAUCGAAGGAAGGAUGAAGCUCAGCUCAGAGCAAGAAGCAGCAUCUCCGCUAACAAUGCUCUCAUGUGCUCUCGCCCAGCUGGUAGCCAGACAAUCCGAGCGCAGCAUUCCGCUGGUGUAUCUCUGCGGCCAGCACAAUCGCCCAAAUGACCCUUACUCUGGCGCCAGCGGCGUCCUGAGGUGUUGGAAUUCUCUCAUCGCAGAGUCUUUCACACCGCGGGACGUCGAUCUCUCGGCUAUCAACUUGAGCUUCAUAGACGGUGUCAGAGCACAGCGACUUGACGUGCUCUGCAUGCUCUUACGUCAUUUGGUUUUGGCUGCAACAGAUAAGGUUGUCUUUGUGAUCUUAGACGGAGCAUUAUGGCUCGAAGUGAACCGCCAUGUUCAAGGAUUGGGGGAUGUUGUGUUGUUCUUGAGUAAUCUUGUCACUGCGCUGAAUCAACGAAACUACGGCGUGAUUGUCAAAGUUUUGAUUACACAUCCUUCGACGAGUAAUCACGCCAGAAAGUGGCUUCCAAAAGAGUGUAUACUGGAGAUGGAUGAUGUUAGAUAA